AUGAUCCAGGAAGUGGUGCCUGACCGUGUGGAUGAAGAGAAGUGUGGUCUCCUGGCCUGGCUUCUGGGCACAGGUUUGAGGGGGUGGUCUGUGAGUGAGGAGAAGAGCAGCACGGAGAACCCAGAUGCAACAUUCGACAUGUGCAUCGCCCUGGUGCCACUGACUGGGGGAGCAGGGGGCGGGGUCUGUGCCUGCUGGAUGGAGCAGACCCAGCUGGCAAUGGCUGCUGGGUACCCUGCUGUCUGCUCCCCUGCGGCUCUGGGGAGGUCGACUGGGGAAGAUCUGGGCCUUGUGCUUAAGCACAUCUUAGCAGCUGCCAUUCUCCUGCUGGCUUCAUCUGGGGAUGUGGAGGAAGAGGAAGGAAGGGGUGCUGAGAAAGGGGAAGAUUACCCGCCCCAUGGCGAGCAUGAAAAUGCGCCUGUCAGAUCUCCAACUCCAAGGAGUGUAAUUGAUGGAGGUCCUCAGCUGCUGCGCUCUGAAAUCCAUCACCUCCUGGGUGUUGAGGCCACACUUCUGACAGUGCUCUCGCAGUCAAAGGCAGAGUGCAAGCCUCCUCCCAAGACGCGUCCAUCUCUGGCUCUGGGAAGACUUCUCACAGUCCGUGCUGCAGUCGUCUUCCUGAUGCCGGGCCUGGUCGCCUCCGUCCUGCUGCAGGCUAUUCUCUAUCCCUGAUUUAUGGGCACAAUAUCAGAUGUCAAGACCAAUGCCCAGUUGCGGAAAGGUCGUGUGGACAGCAUCAGUACCCUGAGUCCUGAAAUAAAGAGGAAUAGAGGUGGCGUGGCAGCGGUUGGCAUUCAGAUCCAGAUGGUGAAUGCCAGCCUGGAGCAUGUGCGUUCUCAGAUCCAGAGGUUGGAAACCAGCAUGAAGGAAGCCAAUGCAUGGCUGCAGAUGCUAACAAGUAGUUGGGAAGCAGUCGAUAAGUUCAGUGCCCAAAUCCUGGAGCUAAAGAGAGAUUUAGAUAAAGCCAGUGCUUUAAACACAAAGGUCCGGGGACUCCAGAGAGGUUUGGAGAAUAUCAGCCAGUUGUUCCAACAGCAAAAUGACAUCCUACGGAUGGUUUCUCAAGGCUGGAAGUACUUCAGGAGGAACUUCUAUUACUUUUCUCAAAUCACAAGGACCUGGUACAGUGCCCAGCAGUUCUGCUUGUCCAGGGGCUCACACCUGACCUCAGUGACCUCAGAGAGUGAACAGGAGUUUCUCUACAGGACUGCAGGCGGACUUCUCUACUGGAUCGGCCUGAGCAAAGCAGGGAGUGAGGGGUACUGGUACUGGGUGGAUGACUUGCUGUUCGACGAGGUCCAGAGUGUGAAGUUCUGGAUUCCAGGUGAGCCCAACAGCACUGGGAACAAUGAACACUGUGCCAAUAUAUAGAUGUCCUCACUGCAGCCCUGGAAUGAUGCCUCCCGUGACAAUGAAUUUCUUUUACUCUGUAAACGAUCCUACGUCCCAUCAGAAUCAUACUGA